GGGCGUACUGAAUGAUGAAGUACGCCAUUGUCAUCAACAACGUCGCUGUAUGCGAAGGCAGUUUAUGAUAAGUGUUAUCAACGCCUCGAGUAUUAAGGCCAAUAGUAUUGUAAAGUCUUGGAUAUCGAUUGCUCAUCCUAUCCGGACACAUGAAAUACCUAAAGUGGUUAUCGGUUGGCAGGAAGGAAAAGGUGAAGGAUAAUAAAGUUAGCAUUGAUGAUCUCAAAGAUGGCAGCAGCGUAUUCGGGCAACUUAAGGGUUCGAUCUUGAAGGAAACUCUACGGUCAAUGGAACUAUCAUCACAAUGUACCGUCGAUACCCAAAAGAAUAUCGCAAAUGGAUCCGCAAUGGGAGUAUCUGGGACCAAAACGCCCACAGGACUAUCCCGCAAAACCAGCAUCUCAAGCAAAAGGAAAUCUUGGUAUAGUCUAUCAAGCAGAAAGUCGGAAGAUUGCAAACCUAGCACUUUCGAACAGACCAGCCUUUGCAAUCAAACGGAAAUCCCGAAAGACCGAAAAACAACCCCUCCACACGCAACAAGAGAACUUCAACCCAGCACCCAUAAAACCACUUCCAAUAACCCCAUCACAAUCAUUGUCACAUCCCCAACCUCAGACACCAACACCCAACCAGACUCUUGCUCAAUAUCUAGUACAUCAUCACAUUCCUCAUCCCCCUCCUUAAAAUCUACCUCCAGCUUCGAUCCUUCCCUUCUCAUGCCCCCCUUCCCACCAACUCCUCUGAAAUACGACAUCCCCAAAUCCAACGAAGCGCCCGAGGUGAAAAAAUGGCUCAUCGUUUGUAUGAAUCGAAAAGCUGAUACGCUCCCCCGCAAACUCGUUUUUCGCAUGAUGGAAAUUUAUGGGAUUAAAAAGGAAGAGUUGGAUCCGACAAUGUGGGGAAAGCUUCAGCAAGGGGUUGUAGAUGAGGGAGUGGUAUUGAGUGUUGAUGUUGAUGUUGAGGAUAUGAAUAAGAAUAAGAAUGAAGAUAAAGGGAAUAUUGAGGGGGAGAAACAAGAGCCAGAGAAAGAAAAGAAAAAGGAGGAAAUUAACACUGUCGAUAAAUCAGGAAGUCCAAGAAUUUCAUUCUAUUCUCGAGGCAAGCGUGGUCGAAAAGAUAUCUCUUCCGAACAUCAUCAUCCCAACAACCCAAUUCCCACGAAACGACACUCCUACCCCAACUCCAUUUCCAAACCCAACAAUAACAAUAACAACAAAAAUCACACCACAAUCACCACCAUCAAAAACAUAAACCCACCCCCCAAACCCCUCACCACCAACCCGCGAAUCUGGCAAAACCCCUCAUCACGCGCUCGAAACUGGCCUACCACCACCCCAAACAAUAAUAGUAAUCACCACCACCACAACAUGAUGAAUAUGCAUCACAACGCUGCAUUUUCUUUUCCGCCGUAUGCACAUACAAAUUCCCACGCGAAAAGACCAAGCACACAGCACGGAAAACAAAAUCGGUAUGGGAAAAUGACGAAGAGGAAAAUGGGGGUUUGCCCGCCGAGUUCGAGGAGGGGAUCGAUGGUUUCGUUGGGGAGGAUUCCGGAGUGUGAGGAGUGAGGAGCGAGUGGUUGGUUAGAGGGGAGGGGGAGGGGGAGGGGGUCAGGGGAUUGCGCAAAUGGAGGAAGGGAGAAAGAGAAGGUUGUUUAUGUGGAGGAUUCUGUUACUACUAUAUAUACACAUUCAUCGGCGUUAUGAUCAAUGAAUAUAAUCCGGCGUUUUUUUUUCCCCCUCGGUAUGUAUGUAUGAAUGGAUGGAUGGAUGAAUUAUUUGGUUGGAACUUUGGGAUUUGGGAAUUAGGAAUUAGGAUUGGAAUUGGAAUUUGGGAUUUUGAACCUAUUGUAUAUAUAUCUACUGAGUAUUUAUUAUUCAUAUCACAUCAAUAUCAAUAUCAAUAUCAAUAUCAAUAUCA